UUUUUUUUGUUUUCUUGAAUUUUUCUUUUUUCUUUUCUCAUACUACACAUAAUGGAAGAUAUUCAAUUCUUUAAUUCAACGAUUAUUUACACAAGAGUAGCCGUACUGACAUUAUCUGUAUGCAUUGUAGUGAUAUCACUUGUAAAAUAUAACUUCAGUACUUGUCCUAUUUUGUCCUUAUUUGAUAAUGUGAAAAGUCAUCAGUUCAUUUACGAUAUGAUUGAAGAUAGAAAUUUGAUUGCAACCUUGAUAGCAGCACAGGCGUCCAUCUUUUGUCCUUUAUUUUUACUUAUGAGUUCACCUGUAUCCACCUAUUAUGAAUAUUCAACACGAAUAUCGUUCUCUACAGCUGAUAUCUGUCGUAUCAUGAUAGAACAUCUCUGUCAGUUUUUGAUGCCAUUUGGUUUAUCUAUGAGCUGGCUCUUUUGUAUUACCUUUGAUAAAAGAACAAAGUCUGCUUUAUUGACUAUGAUAGACCAAGACCUGAUCUCCUCUACCCUUGACGAGCACAAUUACUAUAAUACUUAUGUUACUUUAAUGACAUUUGCAUUAAAAUAUAUUAUUAUUUUGGUUUUAUUAAUUGAGGUUGUGGCCGUUUCAUGCUCUUUUAUUAAACAUACUUCAUUCUUAUUCAUGGCAAAGCAGCAAUCUACUAUUCAUUUAACCUACAAUCAUGAAAAGGAGGAGGUUAUUAAAGACAAUGACUUUACAGGAUAUGAAAAUGAACAAGAUAUAGAGGGACAAAUCCUUUUUGUAUAGAUUUCAACUUACUAAUUAUUAUUAAUAAACACAUAAUCAUUUACUAGCUUUUAUACAUCUCAUUUUAAAGAAAAAGAAUUGUAUAUGUAUAUGUAAAUAUCUAUUUAUCCUAA